AGCUGCAACAAAAGAAUGUGUUUGUCCCCCAUCCUGGAAGUCAACAUGCAGUCCGAAUCUAACAUUACCGUUCGAGAUGCCAUUGAUGACAUCGAUACCAACAUGUACCAACCACUGUCAUAUCCAUUAAGCUUCCAAGUUUCUCUCACUGGAUUUUUGAUGCUAGAAAUUGUUUUGGGACUUGGCAGCAACCUCACCGUGCUGGUACUUUACUGUAUGAAAUCCAACUUAAUCAAUUCUGUCAGUAACAUAAUUACAAUGAACCUUCAUGUACUUGAUGUAAUAAUUUGUGUGGGAUGUAUUCCUCUAACUAUAGUUAUCCUUCUGCUUUCGCUGGAGAGUAACACUGCUCUCAUCUGCUGCUUCCAUGAGGCUUGUGUCUCUUUUGCAAGCGUUUCAACUGCAAUCAACGUCUUCGCUAUCACCCUGGACCGAUACGACAUCUCUGUAAAACCUGCUAAUCGAAUCCUGACCAUGGGAAGGGCUGUGAUAUUAAUGACUUCAAUAUGGAUCAUUUCACUUUUUUCCUUCCUGAUUCCUUUCAUUGAAGUCAAUUUUUUCAGUCUUCAAAGUGCAAGUACUUGGGAAAAUAAGACACUUCUGUGCGUGAGUACAAACGAGUACCACACUGAACUAGGAAUGUACUACCACAUUCUCGUUCAGAUUCCAAUAUUUUUCUUCACUGUUAUAGUAAUGCUAAUUACAUACACCAAAAUACUCCAGGCCCUAAAUAUUCGGAUUGGUACAAGAUUUACUACAGGACAAAAGAAGAAAAACAGAAAGAAAAAAACUAUUUCUUUGACCACUCAGCACGAGACUACAGAUGUGUCCCACAGCAGUGGAGGAAAAAAUGUCGUCUUUGGUGUAAGGACUUCUGUGUCUGUCAUAAUUGCUCUACGCCGCGCUGUAAAACGGCACCGGGAGCGACGAGAACGGCAGAAGAGAGUCUUCAGAAUGUCCCUUCUGAUUAUCUCAACAUUCCUUCUCUGCUGGACACCCAUCUCUGUUUUAAACACCACUAUCUUAUGUUUGGGCCCAAGUGACCUUUUGGUAAAGUUGAGAUUAUGUUUUCUAGUAAUGGCAUAUGGAACAACUAUAUUUCACCCUCUACUUUACGCAUUCACGAGGCAAAAGUUUCAGAAAGUUCUCAAAAGUAAGAUGAAAAAGCGAGUUGUUUCAAUAGUGGAAGCAGAUCCCAUGCCAAAUAACGCUGUAAUACACAACUCAUGGAUAGAGCCUAAAAGGAACAAAAAGAUCACCUUUGAAGACAGCGAAGUAAGGCAGAAAUGUUUAGUACCUCAGGUUGUCACUGACUAG